UCUUCGUUGCGCUUUAUUAUUGCUUCUCAGGGACCUUCUUUCGUCGCCUGCCUCUUCCCUAGUUCCCUUGCCGCUGCUUCUCCGUGCUCAUCGAUGUGAUUUCGAAGUGAUUACUCGCUUAGAUUCUUCUACUUGUUGGUUUUGCACCCGAUAGAGGAGAUUCUACUUGUUUUGUUUGUCAAAUGGCGUCUUCCUCCUGUCAGUGCCUAUUUGGACAUAGGUCAUUCUUCCAUGGCGAAUCAAGGUUUCAGUCAAAAACUGACCUCUUCAGCUCUACGCAACCUUUCACAUUGGAAUUCAUUAUGAACCAAAAUUCUGUUACUACAUAUCCCCAAAAGAGCUUGUGCAGCCAAGUAGCUGCACUACCAGACCUCGGUGAGUUCUUCUGGGAAAAAGAUCCAACUCCUAUUUUAGACAUGGUUGAUACACCAAUACAGUUGAAGAAUCUGUCCUGCAAGGAACUAAAACAAUUGGCUAGUGAAAUUCGUUCUGAGAUUUCUUUCAUUAUGUCAAAUGCCCAUAAACCUUAUAAGGCAAGUCUUUCUGUGGUGGAGUUGACAGUGGCUAUACAUCAUGUUUUUCAUGCACCGAUGGACAAGAUACUCUGGGAUGAUGGUGAACAGACAUAUGCACAUAAGAUUCUGACAGGGAGGCGGGCUCUUAUGCAUACACUUAAGCAAAGAAAAGGUCUCUCUGGUUUCACUUCUCGAGCAGAGAGUGACUAUGAUGCAUUUGGAGCUGGGCAUGGAUGCAAUAGCAUAUCUGCUGGGCUUGGCAUGGCUGUUGCAAGAGAUAUUCAAGGAAAGAAGAAUCGUGUUGUGGCAAUCAUAAAUAAUUUGACAACAAUGGCUGGUCAGGUCUAUGAGGCAAUGAGCAAUGCUGGAUAUCUUGACUCUAACAUGAUAGUGAUUUUAAAUGAUAGCAGGCAUUCUUUACAUCCUAAGCUUGAUGAUGGAUCAAAAAUGGCAAUCAAUCCUCUCUCUAGUAGUCUAAGCAAGCUCCAGUCUAGUAGAUCUUUCCGGAGAUUCAGAGAAGCAGCAAAGGGAAUAACAAAACGGAUCGGUAAAGCAGUGCAUGAAUUGGCAGCCAAAGUUGAUGAGUACACACGUGGUAUGAUGGGCCCUCUUGGAGCUACUCUCUUUGAAGAACUUGGACUUUACUACAUUGGACCUGUUGACGGGCACAAUAUUGAUGAUCUAGUUUGUGUACUUAAUGAAGUGGCAUCAUUAGAUUCAACUGGUCCUGUGCUAGUACAUGUCAUCACAGAGGAUGAGAAGGACUCAGAAUCUACUGAGGAGGGUACGCCAAAAUCAUGCUCUCUAGUAUCAGAUUGUAUGUCUAUCAAAAGCAGCCUCAGGACAUUCAAUGACGUUCUCGUGGAAGCUCUAGUAGCAGAAGCAGAAAGGGACAAAUCAAUUGUAGUGGUCCAUGCUGGCACUGGACUUGAUCCAUCUAUUAAGUUUUUCCAGACCAGAUUUCCAGAUAGAUUCUUUGAUGUUGGAAUGGCAGAACAACAUGCUAUUACUUUUUCAGCAGGAUUAUCUUGUGGAGGCAUGAAGCCAUUCUGCAUAAUUCCGUCAACAUUCUUACAGAGAGGAUAUGAUCAGGUCGUUGAAGAUGUGGAUUUGCAGAAAGUUCCUGUGAGAUUUGCCAUCAGUAGUGCUGGACUAGUUGGAUCUGAAGGCCCAACUCAAUCAGGAAUUUUUGAUAUUGCAUUCAUGGCAUGCUUGCCAAAUAUGAUUGUAAUGGCACCAUCAGAUGAAGAUGAACUUGUUGACAUGGUAGCUACUGCAGUUCUUGUCGAUGAUAGACCUAUUUGCUUCCGGUAUCCUAGGAUAGCCCUUUUCGGAAAUGGUAGUUCAUUACGUAAUGGAACUCCCCUUGAGAUUGGGAAGGGAGAAAUCCUAGUGGAGGGAAAGCAUGUGGCUCUACUUGGCUAUGGUGUGAUGGUUCAGAAUUGCAUCAAGGCCCAAUCUUUGCUUGCUAGUCUUGGUAUUGAGGUAACCGUUGCUAGCGCGAGGUUUUGCAAGCCACUCGACAUUGAGCUCAUACGAGAGCUAUGUCAGGACCAUCAGUUUUUGAUAACAGUUGAGGAAGGAACCAUUGGCGGCUUUGGUACUCAUGUAUCACAAUUCCUAGCUCUUGAUGGUUUGCUUGAUGGAAGAGUAAUGUGGCGACCUGUGUUACUGCCAGAUAAUUACAUCGAGCAUGCAUCCCCGAGGGAGCAACUAGAUAUCGCUGGAUUGACUGGGCAUCACAUUGCAGCAACAGCAUUAAGCCUGUUAGGGCGUUAUCGUGAAGCCUUCAGCCUGAUGCAUUAAAAUUGUUGUUCAACACUGGCAAAGUGGGCAGAUGCAAUGGAGGAGAUUUGUUCUAAUAAGAUGCCAACAACACAACCUCCAAAUUUUGGUAGAGGCUGCCAGACUAUCAAUACCGGGUUUCUCUGUUUCUUUCGGCGCCAUCUGCAUUUGAUGAUGAAAUGGGUGACUACGAUCAUUGUUUGCUCGUAUGGUUAAUUGUUCACAAUUGUAAACUGUUGAUAGUCGUCGACUGCUAUGAGCAACCAUGGAAAGCCAAUGCAUUCUGCAUUCUGCAUUCUGCAUUCUACCGGGAACAGGAGCCAUAUUUUACGUGUAGGUCUUAUCUGUAUGUUAUCAUGGUACCUCUUGUACAGUCACAUUAGCAGUGUUUAAGAACUUCAUUUGGCGUGUCA